AUGCAGCCGGGGUUGACCGAAGAAGGCAAGAUGUGGCUGGGAGUCCUGCUAGUGCUUCUGCUCUGUUCGAGCCUCGAGGGUCAAGAGAACUCUUUUACCAUCAACAGUGUCCACAUGGUGAUCCUGCCGAAGCAGGAGGUGCAAAACGGGGAGAAUCUGACCCUGCAGUGCGUCGUGGACAUCAGCACCACUUCUCAUGUCAGGCCUCAGCACCAGGUGCUCUUCUAUAAGGAUGACGAGCAGUUUCACAACGUCUCCUCCAUGAAGAGCACAGAGAGUUAUUUCAUCCCCCAAGCCCGGGUCUACAACGCAGGGAUAUACAAGUGCACUGUGAUUCUGAACAACAAGAUGAAAACCACAUCGGAGUACGAAGUGACAGUGAGAGGAGUGUCCAGUCCCAGAGUGACACUGGACAAGAAGGAGGCGAUCGAGGGCGGGGUCGUGAUCGUCAAUUGUUCUGUCCCCAACGAAAAGGCCCCAGUACACUUCACCAUUGAAAAAGUCGAACUAGAUACAAGAGUUCCCAAGCAAAAAAGAGAAAAAAAUUCUCAGCACCAGAAUUUUGUGAUGCUGGACUUCACAGUGGAGGAGCAGGACCGUAUGAUCUAUUUCCUCUGUCAAGCCAGCAUCAUUUCUGGGAAACACCUGGAGACCUCGGAGACCAGCAGGAGCGACCUGGUCGCCGUGAGGGAGUCCUUCUCCAACCCCCAGUUCCACGUCAGCCCCGCGGGGAUGAUCACCGAAGGGGACCAGCUGCACAUUAGGUGCACCAUUCAGGUGACGCACAUGGCCCAGGUAUUUCCGGAAAUCAUCAUCCAGAGGGACAAGACCAUUGUGGGGCACAGCAAGCAGGGCAAUGAGGCCACCUACUCAGUGAUGGCCACAAUGAAGGAGAACGGCAACUACACGUGCAAAGUGGAAACCAGCCAGAUCUCCAAGGUCAGCAGCAUCGUGGUCAACAUCACAGAGCUAUUUCCCAAACCCAAGCUGGAGUCUUCCGCCACACAUCUGGACCAGGGUGACAUCCUGAACCUGUGGUGCUCCAUCCCAGGAGCACCUGGAGUCGACUUCGCCAUCCAGAAGGGAGGCAUAAAUGUGUCACAGGCUCAAAAUUUCACCAAGAUAGCCUCCAAAUGGGACAGUGGGAGCUACACCUGUCUCGCAAGCAUGGGCAAGGUGAUCAAAAGAAGCAACGAAGUCCUGAUAACCGUGUGUGAAAUGCUCUCCAAGCCCACGAUUUUUUAUGACUCCAAGUCUGAGGUGAUAAAAGGCAAGACCAUAGAAGUCCGUUGCCAAUCCAUAAAUGGAACCGCGCCUAUUUCUUAUCAACUUUUAAAAGCAAGUAACAGUUUGGAGAAUUACACCGUAGGCUCCAAUGAGCCCGCAGUAUUCAAAGACAACCCCACAGAAGACACCGAAUACCAGUGUCAGGCAGAUAAUUGCCAUUCCUCCCCUGCAAUAAUCAGUGAACCUCUGGUGGUCAAGGUGAUAGCUCCAGUGGUUGAGGUCAAGCUUGCUAUUCUGAAUAAUAAACAAGUGGAGUCCGGGGCAGAUCUUGUGCUUCGAUGCUUCGUGAACAAAGCAUCUGGUCCAAUCACCUACAAGUUUUACAGGGAAAAGGAUGCCACGCCCUUCCGCAUAACCACCUCGAAUGAGACCCAGGCCAUUUGGUACAAGGCAAACGUUGGCAUGGAACAGGGGGGACAGUAUUACUGCAAGGCCUCCAACAGAGCCAACACAAAUGUCCCCCAAAGCAACUUACUAACUGUCAGAGUCUUUCUUGCCCCCUGGAAGAAAGGAGUUAUUGCAGUGGUUGUCAUCGCUGUGAUCAUUGCCAUCUUGGCAGUUGGGGCCAGAUACUAUUUUUGGAAGAAAGCCAAGGCCAAGCAGAUGCCCGUGGAGAUGUCCAGGCCGGCAGCACCGCUUCUGACCUCCAACAAUGAGAAGAUGUCAGGAUCCAGUCCCGAAGCCAACAGACCUUAUGGUUACAAUGAAGAUAUUGGAAACCAUGAAACAAACCCAGUGAAAGAAAAGAAAGAGCCUCUGACCUUGGACGUGGAGUACACAGAAGUGGAAGUGAACUCCCUUGAGCCUCAUGAAGGUCUGGGAAGGAAAGGCACGGAGACAGUGUACAGUGAGAUCCGGAAAGCUAACCCCGAUUUCAUGGAAAACAGAUAUUCUAGAACGGAAGGCUCCCUUGACGGCACUUAG